GAGAGGUUGACUGGAGGAAUAUUGACACGAAGUCUCCUUGUCCUUAGAUACCUUAUCGUGAAACGGCAUAUUGUUAGUGAAUGGGCAGUCAGUCACUCACAGCCACCAUAUCUCUAUGAACAAUGUCGACGCCUCGCACCCUAUAAUCGCCCAGUGGCACACAAUAAUCAGUCACACCCUUUCCUUCCUCUUUCUGUUUCUUUUGGGGGUUUCAUCCUUUGAAAGCAACUCCGUUAUUUCUUGCCCAAUUGGGACUUUAUCCUCAACUGUCAUCCCUUCUGCACAUCACCCGUUCGAUCAUACAGCUUUCGGGUCUCUAGUUUCACCCUGAAAUCCAGAAACGGUUUCUGGGUAUUCAUAUUUCGGUUGAAAGGUUCUGAAUUGUACAAAAUUCCCAUAUUUUGAAGCUUCUGCUUCUUCCUCUGUUUACUUCACCUUGUUCAAAGUAACUGUUUCACUCUAUUUUUCAUAUUUUCCAUAUACUCUUUUCUUAGGCAAUAUUGUCCAUAUACUUGAAUCAUGCAGGUAUAGCCUUUUCUUCCUGAAUCUAUAAAUACUCUUUUCACCUCUAAAUUUAUUUGAUCCAUUGUCGUAUUUCUUAUCCAUAUUUUUUAAAAACCAAAGCAGUUUUGAAAACUAAUAAAUGGAAGCAAAUCAACUCCUCUUCAAAAGCCAUGGAACUGUAGUUGGUGGCUCGCUCUGUCUCAAACUUAUCCACCCAAGUUCGUCUGGAUAGAGUUAUAUUUCAUCUUCAUAGUACAUUCACACAUAGUUAGCCGAAGAACUCUAUGUGAAUGAUCAUAUCGAUAAUUGGAGCUUUCGAUUCCAUGGGAUUAAAGCUUAACAAUGCCCCUAAUUACCUUGGUCUUUCCUCCCUCCCUUCUGCUUCUUUCAGCUCCAAUUUCUCAACUCUUACCUUCUCUUCCUCAAUUUCUGCUCUACAUGAUCUCAGUAAUCCCAUCUCUAAUGGACUUAAAAAUUGUGCAGUGGGUAAUAGGAGUUACGACAGUUUAUUGGGUCUUCAUUUCUCACUUCGCCCAAAACGAACUGCAUCAUAUUUUAGAUCAAUUUCUGCCCUGCCCGGAAGUGAAGAAUCUGAAUCUCCCAUUUCUGUUAGCAGCAAUGCCGCAUUUAGUAUAAAACAGAGUGAAGAAGAAGAAGAAGAAGAAGAAGAUGAUGAUGAUGAUGCUGAAGAAGAAGAAGAAGAAGGUAUUCCCUAUGGAAUUGGGAGUUCAACAAUAAUAUCGUCGUGUUUCGUUGGUCUUCUUACGGGCAUUGGUGUUGUGCUCUUCAAUAACGCAGUGCACGAGAUACGUAAUUUUUCCUGGGAUGGAAUUCCUAAUAGAGGGGCAUCUUGGUUAAGAGAAAUGCCCAUUGAAGAUAUAUGGAAACGAGUUAUCCUGGUUCCUGCAUCUGGGGGAGCUCUUGUUAGCUUCUUGAAUCUGCUUAGAGAUGCUACAGAUGUAAAAGUGGACCAACCUCAAGAAGGAGAUGAUCCUUCCACUAAAUUUGGCGUCCCAAUUUCCAUUUCUAACAAGUUAAAGGUUGCAUUGCAGCCUUUCCUAAAGGCCAUUGCUGCUUCUGUAACCCUUGGUACUGGUAACUCUUUGGGGCCAGAAGGUCCUAGCGUCGACAUUGGUACUUCUGUUGGCAAGGGUAUUUCUACUGUGUUUGAGAAGAAUUCUAGAACAAAGCUUUCUUUGAUAGCUGCUGGAUCAGCAGCUGGAAUCUCGUCUGGGUUUAAUGCUGCAGUUGCCGGUUGUUUUUUUGCUAUUGAAUCAGUCUUAUGGCCAUCUCCUGCUGAUUCGACCUUUUCUCUCACGAACACCACUUCAAUGGUUAUUUUAAGUGCUGUUAUAGCUUCUGUAGUUUCUCAAGUUGGUCUGGGAGCAGAGCCAGCAUUCAAGGUCCCAGUUUAUGAUUUUCGCUCGCCAAGUGAGCUUCCACUAUAUCUCUUGUUGGGUGUCCUCUGCGGCUUGGUUUCAUUGAGCUUUUCUAAAUGCACAUCUUACCUGCUUGCAACCGUCGACAAAUUUCAUAAGGACUUUGGUGCACCGAGAGCUAUGUUUCCUAUUCUAGGUGGCUUCACUACUGGACUGAUAGCCUUGGCAUAUCCUGAAAUUCUAUAUUGGGGUUUUGAGAAUGUUGAUCUUUUGUUGGAAUCUCGGCCAUUUGUGAAACCCCUUUCAGCUGAAUUAUUGGCUCAGCUUGUUGUCAUCAAGAUUUUGGCCACCUCUUUGUGCAGAGCAUGUGGACUAGUGGGAGGGUAUUAUGCACCAUCACUGUUUAUUGGCGCUGCAACUGGAAUGGCAUAUGGGAAAUUCAUUGGCCUUGCGCUCUCUGAGCCCAACUCUGUACUUGACUUCUCUAUUUUCGAAGUGGCGUCACCUCAAGCUUAUGGAUUGGUUGGAAUGGCUGCUACUCUUGCUGGGGUUUGUCAGGUGCCUCUUACUGCUGUUUUGUUGCUUUUUGAGUUAACACAGGACUACCGAAUUGUUCUUCCUUUACUUGGGGCCGUGGGAGUUUCAUCGUGGAUAACUUCUGGGCAGAAAAGAAAAAGAAGUUCCCAGCAAACAAAGAAGCUUUCCUCAGGCAAAAGUCCUAGUACUCAGCAAUCUACAGCAUAUGAUAGUAAUGCAAACAACCAAUCUUCUAAUUAUGCAGAGGAUGGACAGACAAAUUACCCAAAUGAUCUCUGUGAAAUUGAAAGUACGCUUUGUGCAUAUGAAUCUGAUAGCGAAACUGUAGAGUUGGAAAGGAAAAUCUCCGUGUCUGAAGCCAUGACAACGAAAUACAUAACCAUCUUAAUGGGAACUUGCCUCGUAGAAGCAGUAAAUCUAAUGCUUGCAGAGAAGCAGUCCUGUGUAUUGAUCGUGGAUGAAGGGAAUAUCUUGAUUGGCAUAUUAGAGCUUGAAAACAUUCAAAAGUUGAGCAAAAAUGCUAAAUCAAGAGGUGAACAACUAAAGGAUGUUGUAGUUUCUGAGAUUUGCUCCCUGGAUGGAAAAAUGUGUCGAGUACCAUGGACGGCAACUCCAAGUAUGGAUAUUCUAACAGCUAAAAUGAUAAUGAAGAAUCUUGGUGUGACCCAAGUUCCAGUGGUGAGAGAUCAGAUGGGCUACCUUGUGGGUGUUUUAGACUGGGAGUGCAUUGAUCUCACUUGCAGAAUUCUUGCAACAAGAGAAUCCCUGGGCCGAUGAUGAUUUUUACUGCUAAAACUAUUGAGUUCAGAGCAAAAACAAGUGGAGUGAUUCAGUACAUAGAGAACACAAAUCAUAAUACAACUUCUAGUUGAAUCCUUCUUUAUUUCUUUGGAAGCAAACCACACCACACUAAACACAGGUUUUGUGAAAUGGGUUAGGUGAGCUGAGGAUCUAGGCCCACUACUACUUUUGCAGCCCAGGCAGUAGCUCAAUCACAUUAUGGCAUGUGCCACGUCAUCCAUUCCUCCCUCUUUUGGACAUUUAGAAAAACUAGAAAUUACACGUGCACCAUAAAAGUUCUAUUUUUUACUUUUUCUAUAUUUAAAUGUUGAUAUACACCAUUUUUUUCCUUUUUGAAUAA